AUGGUUAGCGCAAUACGUCACAAAACAACAGACUUGUCGAUUGAAUUAGACAACAAGGAGAUCGUGUUACUGGGCCAUGCUUCAGAAUCAGCCGGGAAACUUUUGAGGGGUUCCCUUGUUUUAUCGCUUACUGAACCUAUAAAAGUAAGGUCAGUUAAUUUGACUUUUACAGGCAAGAUGAAAGUAUCUUGGUCUGAAGGAAUCGGUCACCAUCAACAUUACCAUAAACAAGAGAAAGAAAUCAUCGAACAUAACUGGGAGUUUCUGCCUGUGGUGGAUCAUAAAAAGGCCUUUACGUUAGGUGCGGGUCAACAUAAAUGGGAUUUUGAACUGUUGCUGCCUGCCGUGGUGGAACGCACCGCUUUCUUGCACAACCUGGUCAAGAAACAAGUGAUUCAGAUUGUUCGGUGCAUGCUACCCUCUGAAUUUGACCUCGUGCAGUCCUUGGAGAUCCACAAUACAUGGGCUGAAAAAAUGAUGUACGACAUUUUGCUGCCUUCCAAAGUUCAUGCACGAGGACAACCAGUGCCUAUUACAUUUCAUAUCACGCCUAUUGCCAACAGACUACGUGUCCGAACACUCACAGUCACCCUAAAAGAAUACUGCACUUAUACAGCCAACGAUUGCACCAAGACAGAUACACGUAUCGUCAAACUCAAAAGAGAAGAAGAUCCGUUUUCUACAUUGAAUCAACAUGAAACAAGCCAUCCUCCUGUUGUCUGGACUAAAUUACUCAACUUGGAUAUUCCUCCCAUGUCUUCCACAGCUGCCUUUUGUGAUGCUGACAAUGAAAUGAUCCGUAUUCGCCACAAACUCAAGUUUGUGAUUUGCCUGAUCAAUGCGGAUGGCCAUUUAUCUGAACUACGCUGCUCUGUGCCUAUUAUUAUCAUUUCUUCUAUUGCCGAACAAACUGAAUUUAAUACCCUGCCUGCUUAUAACCAAACAUGGCAAUCCGUAUUGUGUCUAGAAUCCCCUUCUUCCUCUACGCCUGGUACACCAUCACACGAACAUGCUUCCCCUAUGGCAAUGGUUUCUCAUCGUCAUCAUAACAAUGAUGAUGAUGUAGAUGAACUUCCGCCUGCUUCUCCUUCAGAACCCUUGUGGUGGCAUGGUACCAAUUUAUCCAGGGUUCCUUCUUAUAGAACAGCUGCUGAACAAGACCCUGCUCCUUUCUCUACUUCAUUGCCUUCAUAUGAUCAACUCUCUGUAUCACCAAGACAUACUAGCAUGUUUGGACAGCUCUCCAUCACUUCUAAUACAGACAACAUUCGUUACAAGACUACUACUACUACUACCACCGCCACCAAUUAA